AUGCGCAGGGUGCUCAAGCCGAGUCCUUAUCCGGCUAAGUGGGACGAAGGAACCAAUGGGCAUUUUGCAAUGAAUGACGGCUUCAGAGACAGUACUCGCGUAGCUUACGACUAUAAAACACUGAUUUGUCUCCAGAGGGACUGUAAAAAUACUCGAACGAAGGCCCAGCCCGUGCUCUUUGUAAAAGAGCGUACCCAGUCAUAUGAUCCCUUCUAUUUGCCAAAUUCUAUCCGUCAUUGG